AAAAUUGGGUCAGAAAUCCCAAUUCCCCGUAGUCUUCCUCUUCGGCGAAAGCUUCCCUCCGGCGGCACCCAGCAAUAGUGGUAGUGCACGAACUGUGAACAGCAAGUUCCUUCUUCACAUGUGGCAGCCGAGGACUCGAGCAGCAAGCCACGCCGACGGUGCAGCCUUCAGACGAUAAACGUCGACAACUUGCCCACGAUCCACGACGCGACCUCCCUUGAGACAGCAUCCUAACGGCGGAGCGACGACCUAAAAACCCUCUUUCCGACGACGUCUUUACCAGAUCUGUAGCUCAUGACCAAGCUCGACAGACUAGUCUAACGACGAGCGACGCACAAGGAUUCCUCCGGCGAACUAAGAUCCGCAGCACACACGUGUGACCCAGCCCAAAUCUGCAACUCCAGCGCCCAGGCUCUCGAGUCGCAGGCGAUUUUUCCUUUAGCAAUUCAUAAACAGCAGCAUUCCUACGACGUUCGGUGCUGAUCCACGCUCAAUUGAACCCAAAUUGUGUUGCCCAUUCCUAUUAGGGCAGUGUCAGGCCCCUUUGCACAAUAAGGUUGAAUAGCCUUCAAAAUUCACUCCUCGUCUUCUCCCUCUCCACUCUUCCUUACUGCCGCGCUCCUUCUGCCUCGCGUUCAGCCACUCCCUCCAUCGCCCACUAGCUCCCUUGUAGGGCCGGCCGCAUUCCUUUGCAUCUUCUUCCACUCUCGCUCUCAGGGGAAAGCAAAGGGAGGCUUGGAUGGGGAAGGAGGAUGCGAAGCUUCGAUCUCGGACCAAGCAUAAGGGGAAGACAAAGUUCGAAGAGUAUUUGGGUAUGGAGACGUGCAUGCGGAACCUUGGAUUGUCUGCUGAGGAGGACUUGGAAUUGGAACGGAAACUCGCAAAGAAACUGAAGGUCAAGGCUGGAAAGUUGCGAGGUGAAGACGACGGUAUUAAUGUGUUAUUUGAAGGAAUGUCUUCAAUGAUUGAUUCUCCCGAGGAAGAAUUGCGGUUCUCUGAAGAGUUUGCAGUUGAGCCAUCUAAGAAGAAAACACUGGGUCAAAUGGGGAAGAAAAGGAAGUCAUCAGAUGAAGGCCCAGAUGGUGAGAGUGAGUUAACUACUGGUGAUUUUGCGCCCGUGGGAGCAAGCGAGGCUGAUAUUGAGGUAGAAAAAUCUUCAAAGGCGCCCAAAAGUAAGAGACGUAGGAAGAAAAAGAUGUCAGAACAACACCAAGAUGAUAUAGUUAUAGGUGAGAUUGCUGGUGAUGAUUCCACAGAGGUUGCAGUAGAUAAAGUUCCUGUCAAAGCUUCGGAAGGAAACCAAAAAUAUGUUGCUCCUUACCUGAGAUUACAAAAGGGGGAUGAGUCUGAAGAUCAUACUCAACUCCGUAGGCGCGUUCGAGGUCUUUUAAACAGGCUCUCUGAAUCAAAUGUGGAAUCAGUAUGCUGCUGUUUUUGCCUCAUUUGUUGCUGGUAUGGGUUGUUUGGCUAGUACUGACUUUAGCGCAAGGCUCCUGGCUUCCCUUGCUAAAACCUUUGAGGACGAAUACCUCAAAGAAGAUAAUCUUUCUUUACGAAAUCUUACACUAUUGCUUUCCUAUUUAUGCGUAUUUGGAGUUUGUGCCAGUGAUCUAAUCUAUGAUUUUCUGAAUAUACUGAGCAAGCGGUUGACAGAAAUUGAUGUUUCCACCAUCCUGACAGUCUUACAAUGUUGUGGAAUGAAAAUAAGGGGUGAUGAUCCCACUGCAAUGAAGAAUUUUAUUAUUAGUGUUCAAAGUAAGGUUAAUGAAUUAAAGUCAGCCUCUGGAGAUGGUCCACAAAAUAUCAAUGGAAGGAGAAUGGAGUUCAUGCUUGAGACCAUAUGUGACAUCAAGAAUAACAAGAAAAGACAUAAGGAUGAUCCUGCACACCAUACACGGAUAAAGAAAUGGCUACAAAAGUUAAGAGUAGAAGAUAUAUUAAUUAGAGGAAUUAAAUGGAACAAGCUGAUUGAUCCUGAGAAGAAGGGGCAGUGGUGGUUAUCUGGGGAUAUGGGUUAUAUGACAACGACAUCAAAAAACGUUUCGGAGUUCGCUAGCACAAUUGAUAAAGAGGUUGUUGAAGCUCAGAAAAUGCUUCAGCUUGCAGCUGCACAGAGAAUGAAUACAGAUGCUAGGAAGGCAAUAUUUUGUAUUAUAAUGAGUGGAGAGGACUAUGUUGAUGCAUUUGAGAAGCUACUAAGAUUGGAUUUACCAGGAAUGCAGGACAGGGAGAUCAUGAGGGUGGUUGUGGAGUGCUGUUUACAGGAGAAAGUGUUUAAUAAGUACUACACAAUUUUAGCUUCCAAAUUGUGUGCGCAUGAUAAAAACCACAAGUUUACAUUACAGUAUUGCCUGUGGGAUCACUUCAAAGAACUGGAAACGAUGCAGCUUAUUAGGUCGAUGAAUCUUGCAAAAUUCAUCGUUGAGAUGAUCGCUUCUUUUACUCUGUCCCUUGCGGUUUUGAAAUCUGUAGAUUUGAGUGAUGUCAGGCUGCUUACUCCAAAGAGAAUCAUGCAUUUUCGUAUGCUGUUCGAUGAAAUUUUUGAACGUCCUGACAAAUUGGUAUGGAACGUAUUCACUCGAGUUGCUGUUAACCCCGAGCUCGAACCUCUUCGAAGUGGUAUGCUAUUCUUCAUUAGAGGGUACAUGAUUAAAACUAAUAAAGUUAAUGCAAAAAAAUUUCAGCUUGUCAAGAAAGCACUUAACAAUGUGGAGGGAGUUCUUAUGUAAGUCUUGGGUUGAUAUCAAGUUUUUCAAAAUUUUAUUUUUGAUCGACUUAUAGAAUGCAGGCACAUUGUACACAAACUUGUCAAAGCUAUGUCAAAUUCCAAAUGAUUUAAAAUUUUUGAAUCUUA